AUGAUAUCUUAUUAUUACAGGAUAUCAAUCUUACAACCUAUCAUGGCAACAAAUUUGACAGGAAAUUAUCAGAUAAAAGAAAUUGAAUCACCAUCAGGAAUUUUUUUUAAUCAUUUAACAAAAAUAAAAACAACAAAUUCAAAGUGGAAAUUGUCAGUCUAUGUGAAUUUAACUACGUAUGAUGAUAAUUUUGAACAAAUUAAGAAAUUUCAAAAGGAAACGGUAAAACAUUGUUUAAAAAUUGCAAAAAACACAGAGAUAGUUCCAGUAGAGCACUUGGUAAUUUGGUCGUAUUUAUGCGAGCAAUUUAAUACAACAACAACAUCAUAUAUCCAUGACAUAGAGAAAACGCGACAACAGAUAAACUAUGCAGUUAGUAGAAACGAACGCUAUAGAAGAGGAUUGAUAAACGGAAUUGGUAGACUAUCAAAAACGUUAUUUGGAAUAUGUUCGGACGAAGAUUAUGAAUUUUUUGAUAAGAAAAUAAGCGAAAUAAGCGAAAAACAAAUUAGGGUCAUUCACGAUAUGCAACAGCAAACGCGGAUAGUACAGUCAACAGUACAUGAUGUGGAUAAAGAAAUGGUGAAAAUACAACAAAGCGAAACAGCGAUAGUAAAUAAUAUAAAUAAGUUGCAAAAUACAGCGAACAGAGCCGAUAAAAGGAUAAAUGAAAUGGAAGUUAGACAGAUAAUGAACGAGCAAACUGAGGAGUUAAAUGUUUUGUUAACACAACAUUCAUUCCAAACUCACAAUCUAGUGGCAAUAGUAAAUACAGCACAAGUAGGUCAUAUGCAUUCUAGCAUUAUUUCAGCGACAAAUUUUUUAGCAGAAUUGCAACAAGUGAGAAUACAAUUAGAUUCGAGAGAGAACUUUACUAAGUUAAUGAAAAUGAGUAACUUCCAAGUAAUAAGAGUAGCAGAUACAUUGAUAUUCAUAAUAGCCAUUCCGAUAGUCGACACAAGAGAGUACCGCCUAUACAAGUCAAUACCAUUGCCUAUAAAGCAGAAAAAGUCAGUAUAUGCGUUAAUUCAACCAACGAACAAAUACUUAGCCAUGUCCGAGGAUAAUGUGUACUCAAUAUUCAUUGAUGACAUAGAGUUAAGCAAAUGCAUACAUAUGCAAGAAUAUUAUAUUUGUUCGAACACACAGACGCACUAUAUUCAAGAAACGGACAAUUGUGAAGCGAAAUUAUUUAGUAGUCAGGAUAGAGAUGUAAUACCAAAAGCGUGUGAAAUAAAAGUUACACGCAUUCAAAAAUUAGUAAUACACAAAUUAGAUAAUGAGAAUGUUUGGUUGUACACAGCAGAGCAACCAGCGACGAUCAACAUCGUUUGUGCGAGGGGAGAACCAGUGUUGCAAACCUUGAAAAACACAGGUACAAUCUCUCUGACGUAUCCGUGUCAUGCGAUAACGAAAGAAUAUGAGCUAACCCCCACCAGAUCGAUAGUGACGAAAACAUCGUAUGAUUUCAUUCCAAGGGUGAACAUAACGGCGAUUAUGAAACAAUAUUACACUAGUAGGAUAGAGGAUGAUUUUCCAAAACUGAAUAAUUCAUACAACCCUGAUUUUCAUUCAUUAGCAAAUAACGCAAAACAAUUAGAUUUAUUAUUAAAGUCACAGGUAGAUAAUAGUGGAGAAUACGUAACUGUGUCUAAUAUAACAUACGUAACAAUAGGAAUAGGUAUAGGGAUAUUAGUGUUAAUAAUUGUAAUAAGUAAGAUAAGUUUUAGCCUAUACAAGCAAAAUAAAAUGUCAAUGAAUUAUAUUAAAGCAUUAAUAAAUACAAAAUCAGUAGACGACAUACAAUGCGUAGAAAUUAAGUAG